AUGGUGAGUGAGAAAAAGCUGCUAGAUGAUCCUCUUGAACUAAGUCUAACUGAAGAUGAAUUGACGGAGCAAGAAGGACAAGAGGUCAUGGGGUAUGUGAAGUGGCUCGACUCCUAUGGGCCUUUGAACAGAAGAUACUUUGAGGAAUUGGGAGCAGUUCCAAAAGAGCUGAAGCCAUCUACUGAAAAGCCCCCAGAACUUGAAUUGAAGGUGCUUCCUAGUCACUUGAGGUAUGAGUUUUUGGGUCAAGAUAAAAAGCUGCCAGUUAUUGUUUCAGCUUCUCUCUCUGAUGUGGAAACUGAUAGACUUUUGAGGGUACUUCGGGCUCACAACAAGGCAAUCGCUUGGACACUAGGAGAUGUUAAAGGAAUCAGUCCUUCAACAGUGAUGCAUCGAAUUCUCAUGGAAGACAACGCCAAACCAACUAUUGAUGCUCAAAGAAGACUCAAUCCACCCAUGAAAGAAGUAGUCAGAAAAGAAGUAGUUAAGUGGUUGGAUGCUGGAGUUGCUUAUCCUAUUUCAGAUAGUAAGUGGGUUAGCCCGGUGCAAGUGGUCCCGAAGAAAGGUGGAAUGACAGUGAUAAAGAAUGAAAAGAAUGAGUUGAUUCCUACAAGAACAGUCACCGGUUGGAGGAUUUGCAUCGAUUACAGGAAACUCAAUAAGGCAACAAGAAAAGAUCACUUCCCUUUGCCCUUCAUCGAUCAAAUGCUAGACAGAUUAGCGGGGCAAGAGUAUUACUGUUUUCUUGAUGGAUAUUCUGGGUACCACCAGAUAGCUAUAGCGCCUGAAGAUCAGGAGAAGACUACUUUCACAUGUCCUUAUGAAGGAAUUGUUCUUGGGCACAAAAUUUCAAAAGCAGGAAUUGAGGUGGAUAAGGCAAAGGUCUCAACAAUAGAAAAUUUGCCACCUCCAGUUUCUGUAAAAGGAGUGAGGAGUUUCCUGGGACAUGCUGGCUUCUACCGCAGAUUUAUCAAGGACUUCUCUAAAAUCUCAAAACCUUUAUCGAGCUUACUUGUAAAUGGAGUUCCAUUUGAGUUCGGAGAAGAUUGUUUAAAAGCUUUCCAGAUUUUAAAGGAGAAAUUGAUUACAGCACCGAUAGUAACUUCACCAAAUUGGGAACUGCCGUUUGAGUUGAUGUGUGAUGCUAGUGACUAUGCCAUUGGAGCGGUUCUGGGUCAAAGAGUUGACAGAGUAUUCCACACAAUCUACUAUGCUAGUAGAACUCUGAAUACGCUCAAUUAA